AUGAAUAGACAAAUCGAGAGCGUCUGCCUUCAAAAAAGAAAACAAGUUCUGACUGAAAACCGUCGCCUACAACACGACCUGGAACUGGCUCUGGAACGAGGAGAGAAGGCAGAUAACUUUAACAAAGAACUGAUGGAGCAAAUAGCGUCUCUGGAGAGACGACUAGAGGAGACUGAAAACUUGCUCAAGAAAAGGGACGAAGACGAGACGGAAAUGAAAAGGCUCUUCCAGAAAGAGAUGGUCGACAAAGAAAGAGAUCUGCAGUGCGCUAUAGAGAAAGAAACUGAAAUGAGCCUCAAACUAGAAAAGAUAGAAACUUUCAAUCAAAUUCUUGACGCAGAGAAUGAAGAUUUGAUGAGGCUCGUAGUAGACUACAGGGAGGCCUUAGACCUGAAGGAGAGGAAGGUCGACCAUCUGCAAGAAUUACUGGCACAUCAAGCGACAGAGUCUGAGAACGACAAAGAGAAACUGACGACUCUGGCAGUGCAAACGACGGCCAUUGAAGGCACUGUAGAAGAACUGGAAAACCAACUGAUGGCCAUUCAAGAGAACCAAGAAACUCUCCAAGGAAAACUCGAGCUCACUGAAUCUGAAAACUCUACACUUAGGGAGGUAGCAGCUGACCUAAAAGAUAGAAAUUGUGAGCUUGAGAAAAACCUGGCAGACGAAACCCACAAGAACUUGGUACUAGAAGAUCAAGUUCAGUUCCUACAAUCAGUUUUGCGCCAAAAAGACUCUCAGUUGACAUCUGCAUCAGAAAUUCUAAAUGCAGAAAGAGCAAAAACUGAGAUUAUGGCACAAGAACUACAAGUGAUGAGGAACUGGGUCGCAGAACUAGGAGGGGAGAACGCCACGCUUCAGGAUGACGUAAUCAAAACCCAACUGAAAAUAAAUUCACUUCUGAAGUCUUUAAGCAAGGAAAAACAGAGGAACAGAAAUCUCCAGGAUGCUCUCCAUCAUGGGAAGGAGAUCGAAAACUUGCUGGAAGAAGAAAAAAAGAGAGGAAAUGAGAUGGCGACUUCCCUGAGAACCUUCAAAGUAGAGCUCAAUAACAGGGACCUCCAAAUUGAAAACCUCCUAAACAUAGAGAAGAAAUUGAUAUGCGAAAAAGAAGAACUUAUCGAGGAACUAGGCGUCGCUCUCAGUCACGGCAAGGAACUGGACACCUUACUGGAGGAGGCAGGCCAGAAGGCGACAAAACUUGAAAACAAUUUCCAGGAAGAGGUCCUUAAAAGGGAGGACCAAUUGAGAGAUCUCUUAGAAAAAGAGGAACAAUUCAGAGCUGAAAGGCUAGAGUUGGAAGACAGAUUAGAAAAUGCUCUCAAUCUUCUGAUUAAAGAACAGCAGGAAAAUGUAAACUGGCAGGAAACGUUACAAGAAAGGGAAAAAGAAGUAGAGACGCUUAGGAAAAAUGAAAAAGACCAUCAAGAACAGAGGAAGGAGAUGGAGAACAAACUGCAGGAAGGUGAGAAAGAGCUCCAGCAACUUAGAACGGAAUGUGAAAAUCUGAAAGAAAAUUGGAGGAUCCAAGAGGAAAAGAUGAUAAAGGAACAACAGCGUCUCAUGGAGCGCCAAAGGAGACAGGAAGAGGCUCUGAGGGAACAGGACAAGUACAUGCUAAUGACGCUUCUCCACGGGACAGCUCAGAGGAACUUCCAUCUGCACCACAUUGCAAUGCAACAUGGAACUGAAGCUCUGGACAGCAUCAAUGAAAAGGAGAAGCAAGAUGAGGACGUGUGGUUGAGGAAGGAGAAACAACACAGGAAAUACUGCGAUACCCAGCAGGAUAGGACCAACUACCCGAAACAGUGGGACGUCCUCACUCAGACGUUGACGGAACUCACUCGUAGAGAUUCUGACGAGAACUGUGAGAUUUCCGGAAAACGCGAUGACAAAACUUGUCAUCAAAGCAGUGAAAGAUGA